UUUCGAUCGCGAGGGGGUGGGGGGGUGGGGGGGAGCGGAGUAGAAACCCUCGGCGAUUAGGGUUUCUUUUCCUCCUCGUCGAAUUUGGUUACGGUUUCCGCGAUUUGUGCGUCUACGCGAAGCUAGGGUUUCGAAGGUGAGCUUCUUUUUUGAGGCGAAAGGGGCUUCGAUUUGGUGCACGGGGUGGGGGGAUUUGUCGGAGGAUUCGAGUCCCCAAUGCAAUUUGUGGCGAUUUGGCCGAGCUUUUCGGUGAUCUUUGAGGGGUCUAGGGAUUUAGGGAUCGAUGUCGUGGGCCGGAUCGGAUGACGUGUUCCUCUCGACCUCGCUCGCUAGCUACCUCGAUAAAAAGCUGCUCGUAUUAUUGCGGGAUGGACGUAAACUUUUGGGCAUUCUUCGCUCUUUUGACCAAUUUGCAAAUGCUGUUCUUGAGGGUGCUUGUGAACGAGUAAUCGUAGGAGAUUUGUAUUCCGAUAUUCCAUUAGGUCUUUACGUGAUUCGUGGGGAGAAUGUUGUCUUGAUUGGAGAACUGGAUUUGGAUAUGGAGGAGCUUCCUGCCCAUAUGAUUUGUGUUUCAGCUGCGGAGAUUAGAAGGCAUCUUUCUAAUUCUAGCACAGAAGGCAGAAAGGGAUGCCACAGAUCUCAAAGGCUCUAUGAGGAAGAGAAUGGAGUUUCUUGAUCUUGAUUGAGAGCUCAGAGACCUCUUUAUAAAAUUCUAUCACCAUGUAAUGUUAUUGUAGUUUCUUUUUCUUUUUUUUCCCCUCCUUAACCGCAAAUUUUAUCGCGGUUUAUUCCAGGGAUAUGCCACAAAAUGCCUUGUUCUCUCCGCCGUCCGCAGCAGGUGCUUAUUUGGUCUUGUAAUUUGUCAGAGGAAUGAGACUUUCUUAGAUAUUGCAACCUUCUUCUGCUGCUGAAAGCAUCCUGAUUUUAAAUUAGUUAAUACUGUAUUGUUGAGAUUUAUUGCUACAGUCUGUACUCUACACUGUCUAAUUUUGGAUUGUGAUGGUUUUUGUGUUUUAAAGGAGUUUUCCUCAUUGAGUGAAUGGUGUUUAUUGUGAUUUACUGAA